AUUUGAACUUGGGAGACAUGACUAAGUCUAGUGAUAGUAAGAAGGUUUCGAGUCAAUUGAGUGAAACUGAACAGAACUUUCUACGCGCAGCUCGUGCUGGAGACCUAUCAAAAGUUGUAGAACUUUUGAAUGCUGGCGUACAUAUCAAUCUGUCCAAUUCGAUUGGACUUACUGCACUUCAUUUAGCCUCAAAAGAAGGUUAUGUUCAAGUUGUCGAUGAGCUACUUCGACGUGGAGCAGAUUUCGAUGCUCCUACUAAGAAAGGGAAUACAGCACUUCAUAUCGCCAGUUUAGCUGGUCAUUUCGAAGUUGUCAAACUACUUUUAGAUGCUGGUGCUAAUUUAAAUCGUCAAUCAGUUAUUGGAUUUACCCCAUUGUAUAUGGCAGCUCAGGAAAAUCAUCUGGAUGUAGUUGAUCUCCUGCUUCAACGUGGUGCAAAUCAAGCACUGACUACUGAAGAUGGUUUCACUCCUUUAGCAGUGGCCUUACAACAAGGUCAUGAUCGUGUUGUUGCACAUCUUCUAGAAAGAGAUUCACGUAGUCGAGGUGGUAUGCCAGCUCUACAUAUUGCUGCAAGAAAAGACGAUGCCAAUGCUGUGAGUUUGUUAUUGAACAAUGCAGAAGUCAAUGUGAAUCAUCAGUCUCAACCUGGUUUUACUCCACUGCAUAUUGCUGCACAUUAUGGUAAUGUGACUGUGGCACGUGUACUUAUUGAGCGUGGGGCAGAUGUGAAUUUUCAAGCCAAGAAUAAUAUCACACCAUUACAUGUGGCUGCUAAAUGGGGACGUGGUGGCAUGGUUCAACUACUUUUGAAUUCAAAUGCUUUAGUCGAUUGUCGUACACGGGAUGGUCUAACACCGUUGCAUUGUGCUGCUAGAUCUGGUCAUGCAGAAUUAGCUUCAUUGUUGAUGGGUGCUGGUGCUAAUCCUUCAGCUAAAACAAGGAAUGGAUUAACUCCGCUGCAUAUGGCAGCACAAGGUAAUAAUGAAGAAGUUGCACGUGUAUUGAUUCUACGCGGUGCUAGUGUAGCUGAUAGAACAGGUGAUUCUUUGACAGCAUUACAUGUAGCUGCUCAUUGUGGUAAUACAGAAGUGGCUCGUGUACUAUUAGACAAUGGAUGUGAUGUGAAUGCCCGUGCUUUGAAUGGUUUCACUCCGUUACAUAUUGCUUGUAAAAAACAAAAAAUUCGAGUAAUUGAACUACUUCUUCAAUAUGGUGCACAAAUCAAUAUGACUACUGAAUCUGGCCUAUCUCCACUGCAUGUGGCAGCAUUUAUUGGUGGUCCAGAAAUUGUUCAAUUAUUAAUACAACAUGGUGCACUUGUGAAUCAAGCUACAAUGCGUUGUGAAACAGCAUUACAUUUAGCUGUACGUAAUCGGCAAGUUGAUGUAGCUGAAACGCUUAUCUAUCAUGGUGCCUCGGUAAAUGCUAAAGCUAGAGAUGAACAAACACCAUUGCAUGUAGCCUGUUUAACUGGGACACCAGAAUUAAUCGCUGUCUUAUUAUCUUGCAAAGCUAAUCCAAAUCUACCGGCUCGUGAUGGUUAUACAGCUUUGCAUAUUGCAUCUAAAGAAGGUCGUCAUGAUUUAUUAGGUCAACUAUUGGAAGCUGGCGCUGAUAUAAAUGCUCGUACAAAGAAAGGAUUCACUGCUCUUCAUUUAGCCGCUAAACGUGGUCAAGUCAAAGUAGCUAAACAAUUAAUUCAAGCACAACCAAAAAUUGUUAAUGCUGUCGGUCAAAAUGAUUUGACUCCAUUACAUAUAGCUACACAUUAUAAUCGUUUACCUGUUGUACAACUAUUAUUAGAUAAUGAUGCCAAAGUAGAUUGUCGAGCUGGUAAUGGUUAUACCUCGUUACAUAUGGCAGCUAAACAAAAUCAUUUAGACAUUGCUACACUUUUAUUGGCUCAUGAAUCUGACCAAGUACAACUCGCGAAUUCAUCAUCACGAAGUGGGUUCACACCGCUACACUUAGCUGCACAAGAAGGUCAUACAGAUAUGGUUUCAUUAUUACUACAACAUGGCGCUGAUCCAAAUCAUCAGUCGAAGAAUGGUCUUGCACCAUUACAUUUAGCCGCUCAGGAAGACCAUGUACCAGUAGCACAAAUUCUAAAAUCAGCAGGUGCUGAAAUCAGUCCACUGACUAGAGCUGGUUACAGUCCUUUGCAUACAGCAUGUCAUUUUGGACAAAUUAAUAUGGUACGCUACUUAUUAGAUUUACCCAAUGCACCAGAUAUCAAUCAACGUACACAAAUGGGUUUCACACCAUUACAUUUAGCUGCACAACAAUGUCAUUCACAAGUGGUUCGUCUACUUUUGGAAAUGGGCGCUGACAGUAAUGUCAGAAAUCAGCAAGGUCUGACACCAGCACAUAUAGCACGUAAGCAACAUCAUGUUACAAUAUUUGAUAUUUUAAAAACUGUCACCACAACUGUAAUCAGUUGGGAGGAGGAACGUGAAGAACUUGAUCAAACGCUAGUAUUAGAGCAUCCAGAUUUUAUGCGUGAACAUCCUUUUACAGAAUUAGAUGAAGAUGGUGUUGCACCUUCACCAUUAAUUUCACAUCGGCUAUCAUCAUCGAAUAAAAAAAUGAAAUCGGAUGAAAAUGAUAAUUAUCAUUCCGCUGAUGUUACCGAACAAAGGAGUCAUACGGAUCAGUUCAAUUCAGCCUUUGAUAAUACAAUAUUAGGCGAAACAGAGAAUGAUGAUAUCUGGGGCCAGUUGGAGUAUAUGCAUUCCACUCUGAGUCCUCAAGGUACACUUUCGGAUCGUACAACUUAUCAAAAGGGCGAUGAGAAUACCAGUGAAUUUAUCGCCACUCAAACUAGUUCUGUCUUGGAAUCUGUCUCUCCAAAAUCUGUACAACAUGAUACUCAAGCUCAUAUAUAUGGAGAUGGUGGUCAACCUGAUGGUGAUUGGGAUUUGGAAGUAGACAACACAACUGUUAUUAAGAAGCCAAUUAAUACAGGAUUUUUAGUUUCAUUCAUUGCGGAUGCUCGUGGUGGUCUGAUUCAAGCAAGACGUUAUCCUGAUCUUAGAAUAUUCAUACCUCCAAAUGUUAUCAAUGGUCCACUUCGUAUCGUUUGUCGUCUAGUUCAUCCUGAUCGUGUGAAUUCACCGCCUAUUAUGAAUGAUGGUGAUGGUUUAGCUUGUCGAUUAAUUGAAAUUGGACCCACUGGUAUACGAUUCGCUUCACCGAUUCUCUUAGAAAUACCACAUUAUGCUUUUCUAAAUGGGAAAAAUCGUGAAAUUAUUAUUCUUCGUUCAGAUAAUGGUGAAACAUGGAAAGAGCAUCCAUUAGAUGCUACUGAUCAAGCUGUUCAAGACACUUUAAAUGGACAUUUCGAUUAUGCUGGGUCAUUUGAAGAAUUACGUGAAAAGUCAAUACAUCGUAUCUUAACAUAUGAUCUACCACAAUAUUUUGCGCUUGUUACACGAAUUAAACAAGAAUUAAUUUUAAUUGGUCCAGAAGGUGGUACAUUAACAUCAAAAGUUGUACCAGAUGUACAUGUUCGUUUUCCUCAAGGUGCUUUACAGAAACGUAUACGUGUUGGCCUACAAGUACAUCCAGUUGACCAUGAACUUGUGACAAGAAUGUUGGGUCCACGUGUUUCUGUAUCACCGAUCGUAACAAUUGAACCACGUCGACGUAAAUUUCAUAAACCGAUUACCCUAACAAUACCAUUACCAAAAACAGCUAUGCCAUCUUCUGGUACUAAUACUACCACAAAAUCUCGUUCAACUGUCGAUUCUCCUAGUCUUCGACUACUGUGUUCCAUUACUGGUGGGACAUCACCAGCUGUUUGGGAAGAUAUUACUGGGAGUUCUCCAUUAUCUGCACAUGAUCUGUCUGUUUCGUUUACAUCGACAGUAUCUGCAAGAUUAUGGCUUGUAGACUGUCCUAAUAUUACCGAGGUUGUUGAAUUAGCUAGCCGUGUUUAUCAUGAAUCAUUAGCAGUGCCUUAUAUUGGUCAGUUUGUAGUGUAUGCUCGCAGAUUUCAUCCCGAAGAAGCCCAAUUGCGUUGUCUUUGCCUUACUGAUGAUUCAGCAGAGAAAACACUUGAAUUGCAAGAAGGAUUUCAACAAAUAGCCAUCGGACCUUGUAUUGAGGUUCUUGAUGAUCAUCCACAUUGGAUUGAAACAGCUGGUAAUUUAGUACCUGUUGCUAAAACUGAAGAACAAUUACAAUUAGGAAUGCAUGUAUUCCGUGAGAAUCGUUUGAAUAUGAUUGUACGUGUGAAAGAUCUGUCACAACCAGCUGUUGGAAAAUUAGCAUUUAUGCGUCAUCCUCGAGCUGUAUUACAAUCUGCUGGGUCGCUUGUAAAACCGGCAACAGUUCUAGAAGCUAGAUUACCAAAUGAAUUUACUGAUUACAUGGCUGGUGGUGUUUUAAAAACAACUGAUAUUGAUGAUAUUCCGUCUUAUAUUCCGGAAUCUAACCAAAAUGGUGAUCAAUACAUUACAUACAAUGAAUCUUUGCCGCAAACUUGGGCAAAACAAGAUCAUUAUGAUGAACCAUUAGCUAAAUCUGAGCUUGAUUUACGACAAGUUGCUUAUCAUUUAAAAUCGGAUUGGAGAAUAUUAGCUCAAUGUUUAGGCUUAUCGGAUGAAGAUCAGUAUAAUAUUACUUCUUUGCCUAAUCGUCCUGAAGAAGAAUAUGCUUAUACUAGUUUAUUAUUAUGGCAAGAACGUAAUGGGAAUGAGUUGACUUCGGGUACACAACUGGCCGAAGCAUUACAAGCUAUUGGUCGUAAAGAUAUAUUAGAACAUUGUAUGACUAAUAUUUCUCCUGUAAUAACAGCUGAUGAACGAAUCACUGCUUUACGUUCAUUGAAUGGUAUCUCUUCCGUUUCGCCUAAUUUAAAUAUUAAUCGUGAAGAUCGAUCUCAUUCAAAAGAAGGCAGUGGUGGUUUAAGUGAAUCAAUUGAUACAGGUUACAAUACACAAAUCGGUUCGACUACACUCAUAUCAACAACACCAGUCAUUACAAAAACAAUUUCAUCCACAAUUCAUACAUUGCCUAUGUCCAGUAAUGAAGAUAAUUCUAAUCAACCUGACGAUGAAGAAGAAAUAAUACAACCAGUCAUUGUGACCACUGGUCGAGCUUAUUCAAAAUCAAUACCAUCGCUGGAAAAAUCAACUUCUAAAGAUAAUAAUGUCGGUGGUGGUAGUGGUGUUCAUGAAGACAAAUAUGAUGUAUUAAAAGGCGUUGAACAUAUUCUAGCAGAUAAUCAACGUUCAUUGUCUGUAGAAGAUGAUGAUAAAGUGAAUUCUAAUUCUACUGAACCUCCGGUCGAUGAAGAAAUAGUGGUUCCCACUCAAAAUAUUCGCACUGUUCAACCAAGUCAUACAGACUAUAUUAAUACACAAAUUGGAAAAGAUAAUAAUUCACCAAAUGUUUAUCCAGAUGUCUCCAGUGAUGUGGAAUCGGAUUCACGGCCUGAUACAGAAAAGCAUAUUGUCAUUAAACAUCAAAAACAGUUAUUUAGUGAUUCUUCAUCUCAUCCUAGUGACAAAUUGACUGAGAAUGUACAGUCGAUAAAAAGUCAACCAUUGAUUGAUAAGGCAGAUGAUGAACAACAACCUUCAGAUCAUCAUCAUCAUAAGUCAUGUGAAGAAGAAAUUUGCGCACAUCACUAUCAAAGAUGUGGUGAACUUGAGGCUACAUGGGGUAAAGCUGCAGAUCAAGAUGUUUCAUCUUGUGAUACUAGUGGAUUGCAUGUAGAUAAAAGACAUGAACAACAAGUUUGUAAAACUGCCUCAGACGAACCAAAUGAAGAGAAGAUUUGCGCACAUCAUUAUCAAAGAUGUGGUGAACUUGAAGCUACAUGGGGCAAAGGUGCCGAUUGCGAUAUACCAUGUGAUGGUACCACUAGAAGCAAAGUAUCAACUAGAGAAAAACAUGAAGAAUUGCUACCUGAACAGUCUGAGUGCACACAUCAGUUGUCUGAUGAAACCGAAGCUACAUCAAGUAAACCUGAAUCAGAAACUACACUUGUUAUUGAAGGUACAAUGCAGCGACCAUCAUUACAGGAGAAAAUGUCAACAAAAACAAUAUCCGAACACAUAGAAUCAGAUAAAGAAUUUGAUAAGAAUAAUUGUGAUUACUCAGUUAAACUAACCGAUGACAAUUAUGAAUUUCCUGAUAGUGUACUUAUAAUACCACAAAUGGAACCCCUUGAUUCAACAGAAGUACCAUCAUUGGAUGAUACUUAUUAUAAUAAUAUGUUAGGUGACUUUCUGCAGGGUCGUUCAUUACUAGAACCAUUGACACCUAUACCAGAAAUAUCGGAAUAUUCGACAAGAUCAUCUGUAACUAGUAUAAAUCCAUCGAAAAGUUGGCAAAGUGGUGAUCUAAGUCCUUCAGAAUCGAUUGAAAGUCGUCCUAGUGGUGUCUUUGGUUAUGGUGCUACUGGUAGUGUAUCACGUCGUUUAAUGCAUCCAUAUUUACAUCCGAAUCGUGCAUCACAAGACUCAUUUAGUGGACCGCAAAAGUCAUUCAAAAAUCCAGCUCUAUCUGUACACAGUUUAUCAUCGACUCAUUCUGAACCUGAUCGUGUUCGACGUUCAUAUGAAACACAUUCUGUGGAAUCUCCCAGUCAAGAUUGUCACAUGGAUUUAUCUAGUUCAUUGCGUACACACAGUAGUCGUUCAUCGUCGUUGGCAGAAUUUUUACGUUUAGAAACAUCCUGUAAUGGUAGUCGCGGUGAUCUGUGUAUCGAUGAUGAUAAUAGUGAUGAUGAAGAUAAACGGCUUAUAGUUUCUGAACAUGAUCAAAGUUUACGUGAUAUUCUUCAGAGUAUACAAGAAUUACAAAAACAACAUAUAGAUAAAUCACUGAGUUUAAUAACAUCACCCAGUGGUGAUGAGGAUAGUUCUAAUAGUCGUUUAGCUAUUGGUUCCAAUGAAAUUGAAUAUCAAAUAGGUGAAUCAGUUAGGAAUCCUGAAUUGGAAUCACCGGUGUUAUUAUUAUCCUCUUCCUCUUUACCAUUAGUUCAAACUACAUCUAAGUCAGAGAUGCAGCAAUUACCACAAACAGUAUCUAUGAGUAGUUCUAGUUUAAACUCUUCAGCACCAGAGCCAUUGCCAUCCACAACAACAAAGUCACCUGUGAAUAAAUGAUUUGGUGAAUAAUUUAUUAAUUUAGUUGCGAUAAACGCUAAACAACCAUCCCACUACCUGUUCAAUGUAUCAUGAAUAUUUCUAUAUAUAUAUAUAUAUAAAAAUUAUAUUGUAUCACAGUUUCCUUCCUGUAAUACCUACAUUGUUUUCUUUUUCGAUUUCAAUUACUUCAAUAAAUAACUAACAAUUACUAGCACUUUUAGGUAUUUACAAUGAAGGAAACUUAUUCGUAUUUAAUAGUAAUAGCCAUAGUUCUAAUUUCUCUUUUUUCGAAUGAAUUGACUAAAAAAUCAAAACAGUGGUGUGUGGGAAUGAUACCGUAUACCUGGAAUUAAUACUGAUCAAAGAAAAAAAAAAGUAAAGAAACGACACUUUUAUAGAAAACUCGAUUUUUGUUAAUGAUAUUCUGUAUUUGUCCUUUGUCAAAGGAGUUACUCGUAAACUUGUUUUGGAAUAGUUUUUUUUGCUAUAUAUAUAUAUAUAUAUAUAUACUUUUAUAUGCGUGAAUGCAUAUCACAUGCUUGAAAUGUAGACUGUAAUUUAUAUCCUUCGAAUUUGUUAACAAUCCUCCUGUUUGUUUGUUUUUUCUGGUUGUGUGUUCAUAAUUAAUCAACACAAUAAGCAAUUGUUUAUUCAAUCCUCCUUUUCUUCCAUUUUGAAUGUGUUUACUUGGAAAUAUUGUGGAAUUGGUCUUUUAUCUAUUACAAUGAAAAGUCUAUGUAGAAAUUGUCUUUGAAUUACCGUAUACUAUGCAUUCUUCCAAUGGUUUAUUGUUUUGUAAACUUUGAAGUCACCGAAACAAAAACCCAACAACAACUAACCCAAUGUUUAGUACUUUUUUUUUCCAGUAGUAGUUUACUCAACCACAAUGGUUUUGUGUUUUUCGUACGCUUUUUUGUUUGUUUUAUUUGACGUUUCUCUGCAUGUGUAUUUUAUUUCCCUUCCUGUAUUAGUUUACUAUUUGUGUGUUGCGAAUUUUCAAAUAACAGUUGUUACUAUUACGCAAUUUAUUUUUAAGGAUUUUUUGUUUAUGUGCUUUGUUUAAAAAUUAAUUCACAAUAAAUAUAUUUAUUUCAGUC